GGCGAAGUCGCGGGAUUCGACCUCGCGGCAAGCAACAUUCAGAGGGGCAGGGACCACGCCCUACCGUCCUACACGGCCGCCCGGAAAAACUUUCGCCUCCUGGUGCCGCGAAACUUCUAUGAGUUGGGUCAGGUCCUGCAAAGCCCCCAGGACGCCAGGGAUGUCGAGAAGUGCUACGGGCGCCGGAGUAUCCACAACUUGGAUGCUUGGCCCAUUGCCCUCAUGGAGAAGAAGGUUCCGGGCAGCAUGGUAGGGCCCCUUUUCUUCAGUGCCAUCCGGGACCAGUUCACGCGCCUCCGGGACGGCGACCGAUUCCACUACCUCAACCUAGACUUCCCAUGCGCCGUGAAGAGCAAGUAUCGACGCCUGAAGAGGGUGAUGGAG